ACACUAUGGCUGCAGAGAGAGAGAUGACGCUUAGCAUCCCAAAGUUUGAUGGAGAUUACGAACAUUGGGCUAUGCUAAUGGAGAACCUAUUGAGAUCAAAAGAGUGGUGGAGUCUCAUUGAAGAAGGGUUCGCAGAACCAGCAAGAGGGACAGUACUCAACGGGCAACAACGUUCAGAGUUGGCGGAGCUGAAGCUCAAGGAUCUCAAGGUCAAAAACUAUCUGUUUGCAGCCAUUGACAAGACAAUCCUAAAGCAGAUCUUGCAGAAGAACAGUUCCAAGGAGUUAUGGGACUCGAUGAAGGCAAAGUUCCAAGGGAAUGAGCGUGUGCAGAGUGCACAGCUCCAGAGGAUGCGUAGAGAAUUUGAGAUUCUCGAAAUGAAGAAUGGAGAAAGUGUAACCGAGUACUUCUCAAGAGUCAUGACGGUGGCCAAUGACAUGAGAAACCUUGGGGAAGAAAUGCCAGAAUCAAAGGUGGUGGAAAAGGUGCUAAGAACCUUAUCAGAUCGCUUCACAUACAUAGUGUGUGCGAUUGAAGAAAAACUCAUCUCUACUAGGUUUAUAUCCUAA